UCCCCAUCGCGUCGAGAUAUUUUUUCUACUCUUUGUCAUAUUAAACGUGUCAUCCCAGCAGAGUGGAUCGUUGACGCAGAGGCGCGAUGAAGGCACGUCAAGAAAGCGCUUAACUACGAUUAAAUGAAACGUAAUAGAGGCCUGUUUGACGCGGGGUAUUAUGUGGAGCUAAAAAGAAGCUCAUUCACGCGCCCAUCCGCUUUUUACCGUGUUAAAAUCAAAUUUCAUUUAAAAUCAACUCAACAGAUAUUGAGAGAAAUGUUGAAAUCACUGUUGAAAAUGCAUUUCAAUGAUUCAGUAUCAGUAAAGAAAUUUAAUCUCCUUGAAACAGACAUAAAAAAGUGUAAAAUGUCACCCCAUAACGGCUCUUGCAUGGCAGAAUCGAGUUCGGUACGUAGUUUAUCAUCGGACGAUGUGUCAGCAACAAAAUCCAGGAGCAAAUCAUGCUGGGCGCGUGCAACAGAUCCGGCUCAUCGUCGCGGCAGGCGUAUCCAAUUGCUGCAGAUGCUUGUACUACCAUUUAUACCGAUACUUGCCCUAAUUGUACAGACGGCAAAUACACUCCACGAUAUUCUCAUUUAUCGUCAGGAAGUGUCCGACAUUGAGACCCAGGUGACGAUAGCUACGGAUCUCGGUGUCGUCGUGACGCGUUUGCAGCUUGAGCGAUCUGAGGUGGCAUUUUUUAUAUACACCAACGGUAGCAGAUUGAGCGGCCAGUAUGACUACCCGAGAUUCAACUUGACCCAGAGAUACGCAACGACGGAUGAGACGUUGAAGAACUUGACGACUUGGCCGUUGGUGACUGUUCCAACGGACGAGGCUAAAACUCAGACCUACGACGUCGUUAACAGAGAGGCGUUUCAAGCCCGAUUGGACGAUUUCAGGCAGAAAAUAAACGAGGAGAGCAGUAUAUCCGAAGUAAUGGCCUGGUACGAGAACGUUAACGCAGAAAUGUUGAAUAUACUGACCAAUCAGAUCAAGGAGACUGAUAACAGCGGAGUCUGGAGAUAUUUAAUCGCCUUUAAGAAUCUACUGCGGAGCAUCGAGAGCAUAGGGAUAGCCUCGGUUUACGGGAUCAAUUAUUUCGGGCGUGGAGUACUCCUCCGGGAGAAUUACGUUAGUUAUAUCCGUCACGAGGCACUUGGAAGAGAUCUCCUCAACGGAUCUCUAUCGUAUGUGCCGGACCUCAAGGCUUUGUACACCGAGCUCACUCGGACAAUGCCGGAAUACGGUAGAAUAAAAUCGAGGCGAGAUGAGAUUUUACGUAAUCUCUUCCGGCAGCCGAGUAUCGGGGACGCAAUAGAUUAUUUCGACUCUAUGGCGACGUAUGUCGACGAAUUGAGAAAAAUCCAAACGGAAUUGCGUCAUAUGAUACGAAACUACGUCAAUUCGACGCUUCAAGACGCCAGCAACAAGCAGGUCGCGGGAAUAGCCAUUGUAGCACUUGUUCUCGUGAUUUCGCCGAUUAUAAUUAUUCUCGUUCGAAAUGCUGUUGCAACGAUUCAGGUAUAUGCAGCAAAUCUAGCCCAAAAGGCGAGGGAACUGAAGCGAGAGAAGAGGAAGAGUGAUACCCUAUUAUUUCAAAUGCUUCCACCGUCCGUUGCCCAACAACUCAAGCAGACGCAGCAGGUGCCCGCUGAAUAUUACGAGGCUGUCACUGUGUAUUUCAGUGACAUUGUUGGCUUUGUGGAAAUCGCAGCGGAAAAUACACCGCUGGAGGUGGUGACAUUUUUAAAUUCGAUUUAUAAACUGUUCGACGCGAGAAUCGAGUGCUACGAUGUUUACAAAGUGGAAACUAUCGGGGAUUCUUACAUGGUUGCGUCUGGAUUACCCGUUCGAAACGGUGACAAACACGUAUCGGAGAUUGCGACGAUGGCCCUGGACUUGUUGGCCGCAUCAUCUGUCUUUCAAGUACCAAAGAGACCUGGUGAACGCCUGCAAAUUCGCAGUGGAGCGCACACUGGGCCAGUGGUUGCUGGCAUUGUCGGUACGAAAAUGCCUCGGUAUUGUCUUUUCGGGGAUACAGUCAAUACAGCGAGUAGAAUGGAGUCCACUGGAGAAGCUCUUCGCAUUCACAUAAGUCUGGAGAUGAAGAAGGCCCUAGAUGCAGUCGGUGGUUUCAAGAUCGUGCAUCGAGGGCUCGUCGACGUCAAAGGCAAAGGUCUGAUGGACACCUACUGGCUGGAAUGCAAAGACGGUGGGAUAGCGCGAGCGACCGAGCUCGACCUUCCCACCUUCUUCGAGGACGUCCGGCCCGUCUUCAUGCGCCGCCUGCGCGAAGAGGAGUCGCUCUGAUGCGAGCCGUA